AAAACAGAGUCAGGUAGGUUAAGCAGACUGUAAGCAGGGGUAGUUAUUUCACUUCCAACAGUGUCUUCAAGCCACUUAACAGUUCCCCUGAGGACCGUAUGUGUUAGUGAACAUCAUCUGUAACUUACCAGCCUACUACUAAUCUCUGAAUGGACUAUCUUGAAGAAGGGGAAAUUCUUUCAGGUGACGACUGUGACACUCGUGGACAUCAGAUUGGGGGAGAGGGUGAAACUGAAAAAAUGAAGUUAGAGAAGUUAGAGGAGGAUAAAGAAUGUGGUCAGUCCAUGUGGGCUCACCUGCCAGACACGUGUCUGCGGCAGGUGUUCCUGCACCUCCGUGACCGUGACCGGGUGCGUGCUGCCCUCGUGUGUCGCCACUGGCACCAUGUGGUGCGCUCUCCGUCCCUGUGGCGCGUGCGCACGUUCAACUUCUCGGGCCGCGUGUCGCGAACCCACCGCUCGGAGAUGGACACGGCCGUCAACUUCGCCAAGACGUACGGCGGCUUCCUGGAGGACCUUGAGAUCCGCUUCUCGCACCCCAUCAACUCCCUGGUGACGCGGCGCUUCCAGCAGACCAUGCGGGCCUUCCUGUCCGCCCUGCGCAAGGCCCGAGGCCGCCUGCGCUCCCUCUCCGUCAAGCACAUGGACCUGGACCGCUCGGCCUGGUGCCGCAGCGUGCGCAGCAGCCUGGUACGGAGCCUGACAUUCUACCUGCGCAGGGAGGGCUCUCACCUGAACUACUUGAACCUCCGAGGAGCCCGGUUCUUCCUGCCGCAGGGCCUGGAGGUCCUCGAGUCGGUCGCUGCGUCCCAGCAUCACGUGCACCUCGGCCGACGUCCCGGAUUGGCAACCCUGAACCUGGAGGAUUUCUUCUCCCAGUCGCUUGCUGUGUACAACAGCCCCGGCUUCGCUGAGGUUAUGCGCCGGUUUAGGGGUCUGAGCUCCCUCACGAUUAACUACAGCUGCAUGUCAGAGCAGCUGCUGGAAGCUCUGGCGGUGGCCUGCAAGGGUCUGGACAACAGCGGAUCCCUGCGCUCUCUCACGGUGCGCUGCCACAUCCACGAGCCGCACGGCCAGCUGAUCUGGGGCAGUGCCUGGUCCAACCUGGCCAAGCGCUGCCCAGACCUCCACGUGCACAUGUCUGUGGAGCGAAUCCUGAGCCUGGAGAGCCUGAACCGCAUCCUGCUGCACGAGAUCCCCGUGCGAGACCUCAGCCUCACCAGCUGUUACUUCAGUGAGCAGGAGUGGAGUGCCAAGCCUGCCCUGACCCAGGUGGUGCCCUGGUAUAGACAUAACUUACAGAAAUUGAGCCUGGACUUGAACAACAGUCAUGAGCAGGUUGAUGAGGAACUAAUGGAGUUGAUUUUGAUGUGCAAAAAGUUAGUCUACUUAAAGGUCUGGGCCUUCCUGGACAUCAGCUUCCUGGAGAGGCUCCUGCAGAGCCGGAUGGAGAAGAAAUGCAUCCUCAAAACCAUAAAAGUGCGAAUCUACACAAACAAGUAUGAGACCCAGGAGGAGGACGAUCAGCUGGAUGAGAUUAACCUACGCUACAGGAUACUCAUAGACACGGAGCUCAACUACUUUGCUAUCUCCUACCCCAUGCUCUAACAGCAGUGACAACCAGCUGGAGCUCUGGAGCCCACUACGGCUACUCUUAUCUCCUUGCUCCAGGCAGACAUUACAGAAGUAUUUAGAAAAUUCUAUAUGUUUCAUGGACUUCAAUUCAGAUCGAUUUGGCCCAUGUUAACAAUGUAAAACAUAUUGUGCAUAAAUAAAAUGAUCAUGACUGUAA